UAUCUGGACAUAUACGAAGCAAAUUGAAGGAUUAGGUUGACAUACAUAGACUAACAUUCAUACGUAUACACAUAUAUUUUAAUAUAAAUAUAUAUUUGUGUAAGAAUAAUACGUUACAUCAAAGGAUAUUCUUUAUUUUUUGGUGUUAAAGAAAAUAUGGAGUGGAAAAGUUUCGUGAUCAGAGAUGAAAAUGGCACAGAGCUUGAAUUAAUACAACACGAGGAAAUGAUUAUGCCGGCAAAGUAUCUACAAAUGGAACCCGAGAAAAAGCUCAAACUUAUUCGUGAAUAUAAAUACAAGAAAGACGAUAUUUUGCUUUGCAGCUACCCUAAAACGGGCACGCACUGGAUAUCGAAUCUUGUCUACUUUCUGACAACACCGGGACAUGUAGAGUCUAUGACAACGGUUCCCCCUAUGUUAAUGGAUAUGAUUCCACUGGACAAAUGGGAUGCUGUAGAGAAGAGUCAUGUCAUUAAUUCCCAUUUAAGGGUCAACCGAGUUCCCCGUGAACAUUUAGAGCAAGACGGAAAGGUUAUCAUCAUAACCCGUGACCCGAGGGACACCAUGGUUUCUUUAAAGUAUCAUUUCCAAAAACAUGACUUGGUGAACCGUGCAAACUUCUCUUGGAAUUUUUUCUUUGACCAGUGGUUGGAAGGCAGUGUGCCAUUCGGUUCAUUCUUUGACUAUUACAACACAUGGGAAACUGCAAUGAAAGAAAAUAAAAACCUGAAUGCUCUUAUUGUUCAUUUUGAGAGUCUAAAAACUGAUGGCUUAAAAGAAUUGCGAAGAAUUCAAAAAUUUCUUCAAGUAAACAAUACAGACGAGCGCCUGCAGCAAAUUCUAGAGAGAUGCUCAAUCACGAAAAUGAAGUCAGACAUAGAUACCGGGAAACUCGGAGCCGCUCUUGUAGAUAAGGAUGGCAAAUCGUUCAUUUACCGUAAAGGGGAUAUUGGUGAAUGGAAAACCCAUUUUACAGUAGCACAAAGUGAACGUUUUGAUCAGGUGUUUGAGGAGAAGUUUAAAAACAGUAUUUUCAAGAAGUAAUGUCUUGUUGUUUAUGUCUAACUCUGAUAAACAAAACAAACUUGGUGUUGAAUGUUAAUGACAAUUACAUAUUGUUAAUAAACUGGUAGCGUAUCUAAAAGGUUAAAUGUUUCUUAUAUAUGUAUGUACAUCGCAUUGUGAGAUAUAUUUCGGACGUAAAUAUUGGGAGUACAUAACCAUUAGGAUUUUAAAUUGUUACUAUCUCACAUAUCUUCACUUGUAAUCAGGAUAAAACAAAUCCUCACGUUUCAAUGAAAUUUUCAAAGUUAUUACUUAUCUAAAAGCGAACAGUAUAGACCACUAUCAGACAGAGGGUCGUCGAACUUUGUCAGGACUUCUUGCAUCCUCUUUGGCUCCUUUCUACUAGUUCUUGUUGCUGGGUCGUGUGAGGGUUACGUUCAUUGAACGCCACCUUUCCUUGUUGAUUUUGUUUAUCAUAUUUUCGGUUUUAUCACGUAAGAACAUGUUUCAUAAACUGGAAUCACGUGUGAGACAUGCGCGAAGUUUGUGACAUCAUCGACCCUUUAGUCACUUUGGAAUUUCUGUAUAUAUACGCGUUAAUUCAAUGUGGUUUAUUUUCUUAAAUAUUUGAUUGUAUCCAUAUAUUUACUUAUUAAAUGGUAUUUUGGGUAAUUUGAUUUCUAUAUGAGUUUCACAUUGAAGGUUCCAUGAUAACCGCCGUAUGAACACAUCUGCGGAUGUUUCUAAAUUCAAAAUUUUACUAUUUCACGUUUAAAUGUUGAAUUCUGCUUGGGCCGGUGCUAGGGGGCGUGGACGGUAACUUGCACUUUCCAGUACCGUCCAUGAACAGGCUCAAUCAAACCGAGCCUGCAACAUUUUCAAUUUUGCUGUGUUGGGCUUUCUUUAGGGAUUCUAUAUUUAUCUAUUUUAUUUGUCGCGAGUUAAUUUGCCAAACUAGCUAUAAAAUCAACAAAAUAUGAACUGUUUGUAAUUUCUCCGAUGUAAACAUUAAACAUGAUUAAAAACAGACAGGGUCCUAAGAAAAAAUCAUUCGUUCAAAUUAAACCGUCAUACAGAUAAUUGAUCAGAUUUUGGCUUACCUAGCUGUCAUUUUAUUAAAAACUGACAAUAUAUCUAGAUCCGAUAAGCUCUAGAUCUAGUUACAUGAUCUUAAAUUUCAGUACACUUAUUCACAUUCUAAACUGUCUUUUCUAUAAUUUUGGUCUAGCAUGAAUCUGAUUUUUUAUCGAUUUGCAAAAUUGAAAAUAGAUAAAAUAUUGAAUAUUAAAGUGUCUCAUUACGUUAAUUACUCUUGAUAUGUUUAUCAUUAUAUUGUUUAAAUUGGACAUUAUAAUAAAAAUAAUUUAUAUUUUUACUUAUCUUAAUGUCAUGUCUCUAUAAUAAGAUGUUAAUUUCAAAUGAAAAAAUGAAUAGUAAGAAUUCUGUUUGUGGUUAACGUCACUGUCAAACCUUCUGUUUA